AUGGCAAGGACUCUGGAGGAUAGGCCGCAAGCGGCGGCCGAGAGCUCCAAAGAGAUGGAGAUGCCCACAUCUGAGGACGCAACUUCGAAGAAGGGUCGGGGGCUUCUGUCGGUACCUUCAAGGUCAUCCUCCCAAAAAGUUCAGCCUUCGCCGACAGCAACGGGACUGAGUGGCGCGACGGCCAGCGAUCCGAGAGACAGCAUCGGUGGCCGCUCUAAGGAAUCCAGAGGCAGUGCCGGGACAGGACCGACGGCAACACCGGGCAACUCUGAACCAAAUUCCCCUGCGGUGACGUCCCAGAAGAAGAAGAAGGGCGGUUUCCUCGCUCUCUUUGGGUGCUGUGGUGUUCCCGACAGCGCGAACGGUCUCGACACGGAAGCCCCCGUUCCAACCCACAAAUUGGAAAAGAUCCCGGCACGGCCAGCCACUGCCAGCCGUAGGACGGCGACGCCUUCGGAACAGCCCUCUGGUAGCAGAACCCAUCUCGCCGAGAAGGAAUCUAGUCAGCCCGUCCCUCUAUCGCAAGGGCCGGCGAAGAACGGCAAUCGAGUUUCGGGUUCCAGCACACAAGACCAGUCCACAGUCGGAGGGGAGCGGGACAAUGAGUCGAAACAGACAACGCUUGGUGGCCCAGGGUCAGGCAACUUCGUCCUCUCCGUGGAACCGCCGCACGCCACGAGUGCGGACACAGAGAAGGUGGAAGAGGUCCCUGCGGAAAAAGACACCGAGGGCGACGUGCUGAUGCCGGAUGCCGAGACCGCGCGACAGCAGGAGUAUCAAGUCGGUACAGCAGACGAGGAGGAACAACUUCCAAGGGUCCCUCCUCCACCCCCAGGGCCGGUACCAGCGGUUCCCAACGCCCCAUUAAUUGAGAGUCCUCCGGUCUUCGCCCCUGACCAACCCCAGCGAUUUCUUCUCCCCCCUCAGAGACCCGAGCAUAAGGGCCGGAAAUGCCUCGUCCUUGAUCUGGACGAGACAUUAGUACACAGCUCGUUCAAGAUCCUUCAUCAAGCUGAUUUCACAAUACCUGUGGAAAUCGAGGGCAACUACCAUAAUGUCUAUGUAAUCAAGCGACCAGGUGUUGACCAGUUCAUGAAGAGAGUUGGUGAGCUUUACGAAGUUGUCGUCUUUACGGCUUCGGUGUCUAAGUACGGCGACCCGCUUCUUGAUCAGCUGGAUAUCCACAAGGUUGUUCACCACCGACUGUUCCGGGAGAGCUGCUACAACCAUCAGGGUAACUACGUGAAGGACCUGUCGCAGGUGGGCCGGGAUCUGAAGGACACGAUUAUCAUCGACAAUUCGCCGACCUCGUACAUCUUCCACCCCCAACACGCCGUGCCCAUCAGCAGUUGGUUCUCGGAUGCUCACGACAAUGAGCUUCUGGAUCUCAUUCCUGUUCUCGAAGACCUGGCUGGCCCCAACGUACGCGAUGUUAGCCUGGUCCUCGACGUCACUCUCUAA